AUAAUUUCCACAUAUCAUAUCCUAUAAAUAAUAGCAAUCCAUUGCUCCAACAUGAACACACACACUCCAAAUUCAUAUACAACCAUGUCAACAAAAUUGAUCAAAAUCACAAACCUCAGUCUUCUGUUAUGGCUUUUCACGUCCACAGCAAUUCUAGCACAAUCUGAAAAUGAACAAGUUCUUGACAGAAAAGGAAAUCCUCUAGAAAGAGGCAAAGAGUAUUACAUAAAACCAGCUAUAACAGAUAGUGGAGGGCGUUUCACUUUGAUAAACAGAAACAGUUCAUGCCCUUUAUAUGUAGGUCAAGAAAACACAGAUCUCGGAAAAGGGUUACCUGUUAUUUUCACACCUUUUGCAAAAGAAGAUAAAGUUGUUAAGGUGGAAAGGGAUUUUAAGGUGAAGUUUUCAGGUUCUUCAACUUGUGUAGAGUCCACUGAAUGGAAAGUGGGUGAUAGAGACAGUAAGAGCGGAAGGAGGUUUAUUAUAACAGGGACCGAUCGUUAUAACUAUUUUAGAAUUGCAAAGACUCAGUUUAGAGGUAUAUAUAAUAUUGAGUUUUGUCCCUCUGUGUGUGACAUUUGUAGGUUUGAGUGUGGUACUUUGGGUGGUUUGCGUGAGAAUGGGAAGAUAUUAUCGGCUUUGGGUGAUAAUAAGCUUCCGGUGGAAUUUAUAAGGGCAUAAGUUACUUUUGUCAAAUAUUUCCGAUAUCAUAAUUUUAAUUUAUCAAAUAAGCACACUUUUAAAGUUAGAUUAAAAAACAUGAAAAGAGGAACCAAUACUUUAAAUUUUUCAUUAAAAUAUGUUAGUUAUUAUUUUGUUUGUGAGAGGAGUUGGAUUUAUAAUAUCUUUUGUAAUAAUAAAUUGGUUAGAAGAAUAAUGAUUCUUAAUUAAA